CUUGUUAAACUUUGAGAAUAUGAUGAAUAAAUCUCGAAACCAAAAACGUUGUUAUUUAUUCGGCCAUAUUUUCAGAAAUAUAAAGAUGGAGGACGAGAGAGGAGAAGGGAGUAAAGUAUUUGCUGGGUUCAGACCCCUGGGUUAUGUUUCGAACCAUAUUCCUUGUGUGACUAGGUACAUCACGAGUAGGAAGGAACAUCUCAUAAUCACUGUGACAGGGAAAUCAUUUCAUACUUAUGGAAGCAACAGGCUUGGUAUCCUCUCUGUUAGUAAACAACAUCCAGAGGAUAUAACUGCACUAGCUGCAGAUGCCUACCUCGUGUUUACAGCUGCAGGAACAGAUAUUUACGCCUGGAGAAGAGGUUGUGAGUUGCAGAGAAUAAUGAAGGGGCAUGACAAUCCAGUUCAUUUGCUUUUCCCAUUCGGACCUAAACUUAUCUCAGUUGAUUUAAAAUCAUUACUCAAGGUGUGGGAUAUCAAGACAGGUGUUGAAGAAUUGGAGUUAACGUUUAACUCUGAAAAGUUCAAGAUUUCAGCAAUCUGUCAUCCUAGCACUUACCUGGACAAGAUUUUGAUUGGAAGUGAGCAGGGGUCUCUUCAGCUCUGGAACCUGAAAUCUACCAAACUUGUUUAUACAUUUAAAGGUUGGGGCUCCGGAGUAGAAUGCAUUGAGCAGGCUCCGGCCCUGGAUGUAGUUGCAGUUGGUCUUCGUAGCGGAGAUAUUCUCCUCCACAACCUCAAGUACGACGAGGUUGUUGUCAAGUUCCACCAGGACUGGGGAGCAGUCACAGCACUAGCCUUCAGAACAGACGGACCUCCCUGUCUACUGAGUGGAUCAAAUGUUGGUAAUAUCGCAGUCUGGAGUUUAGAGGAACGGAAACUUGUCUCACAGAUGCGAGGGGUUCAUUCACAACCCGUUCAAGGAUUGGAAUGCCUGCAUGGAGAACCUUUAAUGAUCACUAGUUCUGGUGACAAUACUCUGAAAAUGUGGAUUUUUGACAUGCCUGACUCAGGGGCCCGUCUUCUCAGGUACCGCGAAGGUCAUGCAGCUCCGCCCAGUAAAGUACGAUUCUACGGAGCACUGGGCAAAAAUAUCCUUUCAGCAGGUCAAGACAGUAGUAUGCGAGUGUUCAGCACUCAAACAGAUACACUCAACAAGAGUUUGGGACACGCUAGUUUUAACAGGAAACUUAGUAAGAAGCAUCGUGUAGUAGAAGACCCAGCUAGGAUGCCUCCAGUUAUAGACUUCACCACAGAGACUACAAGAGAGACAGAGUGGGAUAAUAUAGGUUGUAUUCACAGAGGACUUGAGGUUACCACCACUUGGAGUUGGAAUAAACAGAAGAUGGGAGAACUUAAACUAGUUCAUGACAGAUUCAAAUCUGAUAAAAGUCUGAAGCACGCUAAAGCUACCUGUCUCUGCCUAUCUGCUUGUGGAAAUUUUGCUAUAAUUGGCUACUCUUCCGGUCAUGUGGACAGGUUCAAUAUUCAAUCUGGACUUCACAGAGGAGAGUUCAAUCACGGUUCACAUCCAGCACAUAAGAAUCCAUUGAGAGGUGUUGCAUCAGACCAGCUUAACCAGCAGGUCAUCAGUGGUGACAGUGCUGGUAUUCUGAAAUUCUGGAGAUUUAAAAGCAAGGAAAUGAUAGGGAAACUAGUUCUAGAGGGAGAGCUGUCACAGAUCCGUCUUCACAGAGAUAGCAGUCUGUUAGCUUGUGCAUUAGAGACAUUUACUGUUGUUCUUGUAGACAUUGAUACAAGGACUGUAGUGAGAAAAUUUCAAGGUCACAAGGCUGGGUUAACUGACAUGGCAUUCUCUCAUGAUGGUAGAUGGUUGGUUACAUCUAGUCUUGACACUACAACAAGAGUGUGGGACCUGCCAUCUGGUCACUGUAUAGAUUUCUUCAGUUUCCCUUCGCCAGCCACAUCUAUAGAUUUUAGUCCAGCAGGGGAUAUGCUGGCUUCAUCUCAUGUUGACGAUCUAGGUAUAUAUCUAUGGAUGAAUAAGUCCCUGUAUCAGCAUCUUUCCCUGGCUCCAGUACCUUCUGGAGCUGAACCUCUUCAGCUCUGUCUACCUCAACAUCUUGCUGUUCCAAGGGGAGAGAAGGGAGUGGAGGAGGAGAUGAAGAUGGAGAUUGAUACAGAGGGUGAGAAUGUGUUUGCGUCUCCUGAACAGCUAAGAGAAGAUUUGAUAACACUUGCGAACCUACCAACAUCAAGAUGGUUGAAUCUGCUAAACCUGGACGUGAUUAAAGCCAAGAACAAACCUCGGGCUGCUCCUAAGAAACCAAAAGCUGCUCCUUUCUUCCUUCCAACAGUGCCGGGUCUAGAGCAGCAAUUCCUGAUUGAAGAGAAGAAAGACGGAUCUGAGAACACGAGGUUUCUUACCAACAUAACAAGUUUUACACCGUUCGGGAAAGCACUCGGACAGGCAAAAACACCCGAGGAUUUUGGGGAGAUGUAUAAGGAGUUCUUGGAGAAAGGACCUUCAGCACUAGACAUUGAGAUCAGAUCUUUAAGUCCCGAGGGAGGUGGAUCAGUGCCCCUGAUGUCCCAGUUUCUGGAGAUGCUUGAGUUGGAGUUAAAGAAGAAUACGAAUUUCGAGGCUGUUCAGGCACAUCUUGGUCUCUUUAUUAAGGUUCACGGAGAAACGAUAGUAUCUGACCCAGAAUUGAGAAAAUACUUGGUCUCAAUCCAACAGAGUCUGGAAAACAGCUGGAACUCCCUCCAAACAGAGAUGGAUACUUGCCUCUGCUUACUAAAUUUCUCUAAAAGUUCUUUCUUAUAAAUUUUUUAUAUUUUCAGA